AUGCCUGUUGAAAAAGAUUUAAAAACUGCCUACAAAGCUUUGUAUGAUGAGAAGGAACCACUGAAGGCCCUCCAUCUUUAUGAUGAAAUUCUCAAAGGCUCACCCACAAAUUUAACGGCUCUCAUUUUUAAGGCAGCAUGUCUUGAAAAGCUAUACUUUGGGUUUUCUGAUUGGCACAGCGAUGCAACUAUGGAAAACGCAAAGGAACUUCUUGACAAGGCUCUAAUGACAGCUGAGGGUAGGGGCGAUAGAUCGAAGAUUGGUCUUGUUAACUUUCGUUAUUUUGUUCAUUUCUUCAAUAUCAAAGAUUAUGAACUGGCCCAAUCUUAUUUUAAAAAAGCCAAGAAUCUUGGUUACGUUGAUGACACUUUGCCUUUAUGGGAAGAUCGUCUGGAGACAAAAUUGAAUAAAAAAAAUAAAAAGCAGAAGGAUUCAACUAAUAAGCAUACAAUUAAACCAGUGGAAAGUAUUGAAAACAGAGGAGAUAAUAAUUCUUCUCAUAGUCCCAUUUCACCUCUCAAAAUUGAAACCGCUCCUCAAGAAUCCCCUAAAUUUAAAAUCGAUUGGUAUCAAUCCAGCACCUCUGUCACUAUAUCAUUAUUUACUGUUAAUCUUCCUGAGUCUAAGGAACAAGUCAAUAUAUAUAUUUCUCCAAACGAUAGAAGAACUUUAUCGAUAUCGUACCAAGUACCGAAAUCUGGAUCUGAAUUUCAAUACAACGCUAAGCUUUCGCAUGAGGUGGAUCCAAAAGCAGUGUCAUUAAAAAUUUUCCCAAAAAAGCUGGAAAUUACCUUGAGCAAAAUUGAUAGCACGCAAUGGAAGAAGUUGGAAGAAGAUAUUUUAACGGAAUCCUCAAGGUUAUCAGAUGAGGGUAAAAAUUCUGAUUCUGCAACCCGCUUAUUAUCAGCAGAAACGGCAUCAAAAGAGAGAUUGUCUUAUCCAUCGUCCUCUAAAAAAAAAAUAGAUUGGUCUAAACUUGACAUUGAUGAAGAAGCUGAUGAAGAAGCGGGAUCGGCUGAUAGUUUCUUUCAAAAGCUUUACGCUGGAGCGGAUCCAGAUACCAAAAGGGCUAUGAUGAAAUCCUUUAUAGAAAGUAAUGGUACUGCAUUGAGUACAGACUGGGAAGACGUAUCUAAGGGAACGGUUAAAACUUCACCACCAGAAGGCAUGGAACCUAAACAUUGGUAA